UAUCUCACAACGGUUCUCCUGGAUAGGCACAACGAGACACAAGUGGGAGACAUUGGGGACAACAUGGGGCCCAUUGUAUGAGCCAUGAAGGAGAGAAAUCAAUGGGAAUUGAGGGCAGUGUAAACCCAAUCCAAAUCUGUAAAAGAAAGUCCACGUUUAGCUUCUCCUGUUGACCCAUGGUUCUUCUACACCAAAGACUCACUUACCAAGCUUUUAAAACACUGUGUUUAAAAAGCAAGGGUACAAUUUCCGUGAAGAGAAAACCAAACUUGGCAAACAAAUUAAAGAAAAAAAACAACAACAAUGUUGUUGUGUUCAGUGCUUCAAGAUUGACCUUAUUAUGAGCACCCUGGUUAGUCCUCUUUGGCUCCAUGUCUGAUGGGGUUGACUGUUCUGGUUUUGGCCCAAGACCUGAUGUGGGUCAGUGCUAGAUGGAUGACUGGGUAGCUGGCAGCGGAUUUGGGGGUCUGGACUGUGUUUCCUGGAUACAAUUGAGGCUCAGUGUUUUCAUCACUCCACUCUUCCACUAUUGAUUGUGAUUUGUGAUUGUUGCCGUGUUAUUGGAGAAGAGACAGAAAGCUCCCUUGUUGUCCUUCUUCGUCACUAAUUAGUGCAAGAUACCUGCAGGGCUGCACCAAUUGUUCUUGACAAGUCAUUCAAUUGUACGUCCAACCUUCUCCUAAUAGCUUUUUAUUGCCAGCAAAAUACUGCAUUUUCUUGCUUUUGGCUGUUUAGAAGAUUCAUGUUCAGUUGUACAUCAAGUGAUUGAGUCACUUUGCUUUUAUGCACCAAGAGGCCUGUUAAGGGGAAGGAAGUGUCUCCUCUCCAUUGUAGAUAACCAAGUUUUAUUACCCUGCCAAUAUAUUAAUUGUUCUUAUUGUGUUUUGACAUACAGUAUUCAGUCUGGAUUUUUUAUGAUGGUUAUACAUUGUGGCAGUUUUGUGAUCAGUUUCCCUGGUUAAAAUAAGCUUUUCAUAAAAAUCUCCAUACUGGAGGAAAACAUUCAAGUAACAUACAAAUAACGUAUCUACAGUGCCAUAUUUACAUUGCAAAAGUAAAAAAAUAAAUAAAUAAAAGAACACUAGACCACCUACAUUUUUAUGUAUAGAAUUAUAAUGUUUGUGUGAAAUAACUUCUUAUAUGUUUAUAAUUAGUUACUAGAUUAUACGUUCAAUUAAGUUAUUAUAUUUACAUUUAUUUACAUUACAUUUACAUUUUUUUGUGCUCUUUUAUACUGUAACAAGUUGACAAGUUUGAUCAAUAUUUCCGUUGUUGAAUGUAUAGCACAUAUGUGGGAGGGUAAAGUUUCAAUCCAAUUUCUUAUUUCACUUACAGAACGAAAUAUCAGUACUACUCGGUGAUUUUUUAAAAUAUUUGUUUGCAGGUAAACACUGUGGUGGAGUAAUGGUCUUGUUUUAAACUGUGGUGGUUCUCUGCUUUUUAAUUUAAAAGAACCACAAAUAGGUCACUGGCGCUAUUGGGUAAGCAAACCCUGUAAUUGAAUUACUGCAAAUAAACACGCUUUCUGCCGUACUUCCUGUAGUGCGGUAGCAAUAAUUGAUGCAGUGUGGAGAGAAAGUACCGUUUGUGUCUUACAGACCACUUGUUUUUCUCCUCACAUAUCAGGCUUUGUGGCUAUUUGACUGCUCUCUGACAUGCUGACAUGUUUUCAUGUUUGCCUCUGUUGUUGUGUUGAGCCAUGCCAACCCUGCAGAGAUGGGAAUUCUUCACAUCGCUGAUAUGAUUUAGAGAACAUGUGUGCUUGUGUGUGUGUGUGUGUGUGUGUGUGUGUGUGUGUGUACUCAUUCACACAGGAAUGUUUCACUCUUCUGUAUCUCACCUUGGACUGAAACGAACUGGCUAUAUUAAUGUAAAACAAUACUGUGGGAAGAUUCUGCAUAUACAGAAAUGAUGUUUGUUGUUAAGAAUAACCAGACUGGACCAAGAGGCAUUCAAUCAGAGAAAACACUACGAACUGUACACAAAAAGGUGUUUGUGUAGUAUCGAUUGGUCGUGUCUGCAGGCUUAGGUUAAUAUUGAUAUUCUUGUGUAAGUAAGCACAGCCAUGCAGUAAUCUCACAUAGAAGCUGCUAUUUAAAAGACUCAGUGGCCUGAAGCAAGGCCAUGAUGGCAUGGCUCAUGAAGCUCCACUCUUUUGCUGUGUGUAUGCCCAGCCUCCCCUCCAGAAACAAAGCAUCUGUAUGACUGGACUGACAAGACAUUUCACUCUGUUCGCUGUUAUUUUAUGAAUAUACACUGAAAAUUCCAUAGAUGUGCUAGCGAUUAGCAUGAGGAAUUUUACACGCCGAUUUCAAACACCUCCAAAUAUGACAAUUAAAUAAGUAACUAAGAUGUGCAUUCCACUUUGACAGUUUAUAUCGCAUAAAGCAUAAAAUACUUACAAUCAAACACUUUGUAAGGCUAAACAACAUACAGGACUGGCACAUUCAACAUCUUAGGCAGGAGAUUACUAACAAACCUCUUCAUCUAUGACAACGGGUUUCAAAUAACACUACAGAGUGUUGUCGCCACCUAUAGUAUUAAUAGACGACACCCCGCUGCAUAAAAAUCUCCUGAAGAAUAAAAACAGAAGAUUGCGACCCACUGAAAAGGGGUCCGUUUUGCAUCCCACCAGUUGAGAAUCUCUAGUCUAAAGGCCUUAUGCGCCAAAGAGAGCAUUACAGAAAUGUUACCUGUGCCAAGGAAGUUUGUUUGUGCGCAACAUUCUGGGGAUGAUUUUUUUUUGUGAUGGUACGUAUACCUUCAAGCAUGGUCACAUUACUUACAAUUUGGGGGAUAAUCUAUACAUUGAUGACAUCAUAAAAUAUGAAUAAAUUAUGAUUAAGCUAGAUCUGAUCCAGAUUUGGCAACAACAUAGAUGGAAAAUAAUGGAAAAAAAAUAAUGAUUAAAUAAUACUAAGAAAAUAUCGAGGAAAAGGCUUCUUGAGACGUCAUCUGUACUUCUGUGUAGAAGGUGUCGGACGUUUCGCUCCUCAUCCGAAGAGCUUCGUCAGCAAACUAAUAAGUGCUGGUAGCUUAGGCCUUAAAUACAGUAAGAGUGGGCGGAAUUGGUGUGCCAACACCCUCCUCCUAUUGGUUUGUUACACUAAGCCUGGGCGGAGCAGUGGUAUAAUCCUAUCCUGUUAUUCACACCUACGAUAAAAGGGAAGUGUCGCUCCCUGAAUUGGGUAUGAACGACUCUGAUACUGGCUUGUUAGCAUCUAUUGUUCUGGCUCGGCCCUGCCUUCACCUCAUUUGCAAGACUAAGAGCUGUGGGUUUUGGUCUCAGUAACCUGCUGAACAGGUUCAUACCCAAUAGCUUAGAAAAGGCCACUCUUAAAUUAGCAGAUUUAAGGAACCACCUCAGAUUUAAUCUUAGAUGCAGGCAGAGUAGGUUAAUCCCCAAAUGCAUGAGGCAAGCGUCCCUUGAGCAAGGACACUUGGCAAGGAAAAUGCAACAAAACUACAUCAGAAAAAUACAGAAUUUGAGAAUUAGGAGACUUAACAUAGAGAUAAAAAAUAAACAGUCUGAAGUAGAAACCUUCUAUCAGAGAUUGCAAACCAAGCUUACGCACGAAACCUAUCAGGAGGUUUGUGAAUUUACCAAAUCAGGUUAUAUGAAGCACCAUAGCAAAACCAAAGAAAGGCAUAAGGGAAAAUUCCAGAAACUUCUAUUGGAAAAUCGACCACAGCUUGUCGUAAACACUAAGGAUGGGGGGAAUCAGUCCAAUACUAAAGAAAAUUGGAUCAAAAAUCUGUCAGACAGAAGCCUCUCGGAGACAGAGAAGGCAGUAUUAACCAAGGGUCUCAACUUCUCAGUGACUCCUAAAACGAUACCCACAGUAGACUAUAUCACAGCAGCUGAAUCGGCCAUCAGGAACAAUAACCUUUCUAGAACAGAGGCAGGGGACCUUCGUCUGAGAAUAUCGGCCCUUCUCAGUAGUGCCAAACCACCACCGUCCAAUAUCACGUUAGGUGAGAGGAAAGCAUUAGCGGCUCUGCAGAAAGAUGAGAGCAUCACCAUCUUACCAGCUGAUAAGGGCAGAUGCACAGUGGUUCUCAACACAUUGGACUACGAAGAAAAAAUAACAAGUCUAAUUAGUGAUGCCAACACAUAUGAGCAACUUAAAAGGGACCCAUCCAGUAGGUAUAAGAAAGAAAUCAUACACUGUCUCCAAAAGUUAGAGAAGGAAGAACUAAUUGACAGACAGAUGUAUCAUAGGUUAUACCCUGGGGAGGCUACACCAUGUAUCUAUGGCCUUCCAAAAAUCCACAAGGAAGGGUUUCCCCUCAGACCCAUUGUCUGUAGCAUUGACUCUACCACGUACAAUGUAGCGAAAUAUGUAAAAACAGUCUUAUCCCCAUUGGUAGGCAACACUGAUCAUCAUAUAGAGAACACAAAAGGGUUUGUGGCGAGCAUCAAAGACCUCAGAUUGGAGCCAGAGGAAACUUUGGUGUCUUAUGAUGUGACUUCACUUUUCACAUCUGUCCCCACCUCAGCAGCAGUCUCGGUGGUGAGGAAGAGACUGCUCGAGGACUCAACUCUGCAUCGGAGAACAAAACUUAGUGCUGACCACAUCUGCCAAUUACUGGAAAUUUGCCUUAACACCACAUAUUUUCAGUUUAGAGGGAAAUUCUACAGACAAAUUCAUGGUUGUGCUAUGGGCUCACCAGUCUCACCCAUAGUGGCGAAUCUGUACAUGGAAGAGAUGGAGAAACAGGCUCUCACAUCCUUCUCAGGGACAAAACCAAGGCAGUGGUUUAGAUACGUGGAUGACACCUUUGUCAUAAUCAAAAAACAAGAAAUUCAGUCUUUCACAGAUCACAUCAAUGCGGUGGACACCAAUAUCAAAUUUACUCGCGAGGACACUAAAGAAAACCAACUAGCCUUCUUAGACUGCAAGGUAAUUAUAGGAAAGGACAGACAGCUACUUACAGAGGUCUUUAGAAAGGCCACACACACUGACCAAUACCUGCUUUUUGAAUCAAACCAUCCACUACAACAUAAACUAGGGGUUAUUAGGACCCUCCAACAUAGAGCGGAACAAAUACCAACUAGUGCUGAGGGAAAGAAAAAGGAGACACAACAUGUCCAGAGAGCGCUCUCAACCUGUGGGUACCCACGGUGGGCUUUUAACAAAUGUCAAAAGAAGAGAGUAGGGAAAGAAACCCAAAAGCCCACAGAAGCAAAAAGGAGAGGAGUGGUAGUCCCUUAUGUAGCGGGGGUCUCCGAAAAACUCCAGAGGAUCUUAUGGCAACACAAAAUUCCUACCUAUUUCAAACCAGUAAAUACCCUGAGACAAAAAUUAGUGCAUCCUAAAGACAAGGCUCCAAACCAGAAACAGAGCAAUGUGGUCUAUUCCAUCCACUGUAAAGAUGAGGAAUGCAAAGAGCACUACAUUGGGGAAACUAAGCAAAUGCUCCAAAAAAGGCUUUAUCAACAUCGCAGGGACAAUGCUAGUGGUCCUCAAUCAGCAGUACAUCUACACCUGAAAGCUACCAAUCACUCUUUUCAGGACAGCGAGGUUAAGAUUUUGGCCAAAGAAAACAGAUGGUUUGAAAGAGGAGUAAAGGAAGCUAUUUUUGUCAAACAACAGAACCCAUCAUUGAAUCGGAAUGGUGGUUUGAGGUUUAAUUUGGACCCUGUGUUCAGCAGGUUACUGAGACCAAAACCCACAGCUCUUAGUCUUGCAAAUGAGGUGAAGGCAGGGCCGAGCCAGAACAAUAGAUGCUAACAAGCCAGUAUCAGAGUCGUUCAUACCCAAUUCAGGGAGCGACACUUCCCUUUUAUCGUAGGUGUGAAUAACAGGAUAGGAUUAUACCACUGCUCCGCCCAGGCUUAGUGUAACAAACCAAUAGGAGGAGGGUGUUGGCACACCAAUUCCGCCCACUCUUACUGUAUUUAAGGCCUAAGCUACCAGCACUUAUUAGUUUGCUGACGAAGCUCUUCGGAUGAGGAGCGAAACGUCCGACACCUUCUACACAGAAGUACAGAUGACGUCUCAAGAAGCCUUUUCCUCGAUGGACAACUCCUGUACGACUGAGAGCCUACACAGACACUAAGAAAAUAUCUAAGAAUUAUUAUUACUAAAGGAAAAUUGCGCUUUUUUGAUAUUAGUUGGUAGUUGACCGUUUCAGUUUAUUGCGACAACCUUCUACUAUACACGCAUGAGGCAUGAUUUAUAACCUAGCAUUAACUUUUCCAAACUCACAGAGGUUAAAAAGAAGUGGUUUGACUUAAAAUAGACAAAAAAAAAGAUUGGACUGCACCGGAGGGAUCUGGAGGAAACGGGAGGGGGGCCAUCAAUCAGAAACCAAACCAUUUCGGAAACUCUAGAAAAUAUUUACACAAUCAUGAUGGAAAAAUAAAGUCAAAAUACAUAGUUUGUGUGUGACAAUUUAUUUUUUCUGUGGUUACAUUUGAUUAGACGCUGCCUAAUUAAUACAGCAGCCCCGUGCUUUGGCUCAAGACGUGGCUGGGGGCGCAUGUCGUUAUCUGGGGGUGCUACGUGCGCAAUAGGCACACCACGUUUCAUUGCGAUGUUAUUCUGAUGAUCCUGCACACCUGCAAGAACAGAGAGGGAAGCCUGAAGCCUGAAGCAGGACAUCAAAUAUUCGUCGCUUUCAGCAAAUAAAUCUAAUGGUCCCUUUACAUUCUCUCUCUGUGCAGCGCACGUCCACCCAGCUACUUUUUUUUUGAUGAAUUGGGAUUUGAAUAUAUAUUUAUCAAUGGAGUAUAUUUUAGUUGUUUUGAUGAUACAUAAUUGUUGGGAUAUUUUAUUUGCACUACAUUUUUUGGGAUCAGGUUGCAAAAUCCAUCAUGAGGGCGAUUGCGCAUUGAAAGUGCAAGCUGUGCUUGUGCGUAAGAGUCCUCCUGAGCGUUCAUAGAAUUUGUUUUUAGAUCUAAGAACUGUGAGUUAAGAACACGUUUCGUGAAUGCCAAAAAUCUUCGUAAGAAGGCUUUAAGAACACAUUUGUGCAUAAGAACGUUUCGUGAAUGAGGCCCAAUGUUAUUAUUUUUUUCUUCUGCUUCUUAUUAAACUUAUUUAAAUCAAGUUUAAUCUGGAUCUGAUCCAGAUUGGGCAGCUAAGUAAAUUUCAUGUGACAAAUCCCAUGUCAAUCUCAUAUUUGUUGUAAUCAUGUAGCCUGUUAUUACACACUUGGAUCCCGAUAUAAUUGUGAAUCUGUCAAGCAUUACCUCUUUUUAGCUAGUAAGAUAUUUAUUUGCUCAUUGAUUUAGCAGGUGAUAAAUUAGUGAAAGCCUUGUAAGAGGUCUUGGUUGCUACAGUUUCCUUCUCCUCCAUCAUUUCCCUGUUCACUCCUUUUUCUCAUUUGUUACCAUCCCUCCUUUAUGUUCCCCUGUCUGUGUCUCCCUUGGAGACCCAGAGGAAUGCUGAUGUGGGCAUGUUUUUAUCCCAUCUUUCCUCAGUCCCCCUGCUCUCUCCUUCCCCUAGAAUAUUUUUUUUUACCUCCUCUCAAAUCUCGCUCUCCGUCUGUCUCUUAUAUUUCGAUCCAAUCCAGCUGUUUGACCUCUGAAGGUUGAUGGAGGGAGGGUUGCACGUUGGAGGAGACAAAGAGAACGUUUUUUUUGGAGGGUUUUGGUGGUAUAGAAUUGGGGAGUGGGGAUGAGAAAAGAUGUGCUGCAUCUUCUGAGGGUAUUUCAUCAUUCGAAGGCAGGAUUGAUUGAACGCAUAGAGGAGAAAAGGUGCUGGUGGAGAUAAUGAGGGUGAGUUUUGGAGGGAGAUUUGCAGUAUGGAUGUGAAACACAAUCACUACUACUUCCAAAUGCAGUGGACGCAACUCAGUUUUCCCAUAAGAAAUAAUAGAAAUAGGUUCGAGUUCCGCGCUGUAACCUAACCUUGUGCACAAAAGCUUGUCUUCCAGGUGCUUCUCUGCCUCAAGGUGACCAAACACAAUGGAGUAAUCGUGAGAUUGAAAGUUAUAUUAUACUGCGUCUGUCUGUCUACAGGUAUAGAUACAGUAGAUGGCUAGAUGUGAAGAAAGAAAAAAAAACACAAUAGCCGGGAAGACAAUUCAGAUAAGGUUGGAAGCGACAAAGGAGAAGGAGGACAGAAAAAAAGGAAGGAGUGGCAGGUGGGGUCUUGGCAGGAUAGCCACAUGCGCGAUUUCAAAUGGAAACAAAAUCCUCCAUGAUUGAAGAGAAAAUACUACAUGUUAUUUAAGGAUUUUGCUAGUCUUUGUCAAUCUUUCUCUCUCCUUCAGUCACUUGAAGGUCAUUCAGGAGGUGUCGUAUCUUUGUGUGUGUGUGUGUGUGUGUGUGUGUGUAUGUGUGUGUGUGCGUGCAUGUGUGGGCGCGCGCGCGCGUGUGUGUGUGUGUCAGCAUGUGGAUUUAAGAUUAGCCCAUUGCUGAUGAUAAGGUCAUCUGUCUGCUUGGGUAUAUGAACCAAUAUAUGAGUGUCAUUAUAUUCCCCCAUUCCAUCACAUUCUUCCCAUAAUGCAGUGCUUCUCAAGUAGAGGGGCAGGCCUCCCUGGGGGGGCCACGGUGAACUGUCAGGGGGAGCGUGAGAGGCAGGGAGGACUUUCAAUAUUAGUCCAGACCUGCCAACAUGUAUGAAUUUGUUGUACUCAGCAUGCAAUUUGACUUAAAUAUGCUUGUAUGCUUCACUGCUCUCCAUUUUGUUGCAUUUGUCUGGUUUCAGUUUUCAGUUCAAUCUGUACAGAUAAAUAAAAACAUUUUAUAGAGUUUCGCAAUAGUAUUUCAAAUGGGGAGGGAUUUCUGGGCAUGACAGAAAAUAAUUGAAAACCACUGCCAUAGUUCAACAGCCAAGAACUCUGCCAUGGAUUUGUACAAUAGAUGAGGCAGUUUUUGGUUAAUGCAGUAAGAAAACUAUUUACAGUCGUCCCUCCCUCCAUUGUGGUUCGAACAUCGCUCCCUCACUAUGGCCACCAUCAGGCAGAAGUGGUUGGAGUGGUUGGAGUUGCUGAUUCCUGGCCAGUGAGAGAAAAAUAUGCUCAUCUGUCAACGGCAUUUUACAUGGGACUGUUUUGUGAACAUGGACCAUUACGAAGCUGGACUAUCGGCCAAACUGUUGCUGAAGUCUGAUGCCUUUCCAACGUUACGUUGUUUUGUUGAAGAGUCAGAAGAGCAAGCUGUAAGUAACAAUUUUGUCCUUACUGUGUUUAUUUUGUGUAAGUAAUCGGACGAAAGCGGUUGCCUUUGUAGCAUUAUAGAGUGUGCAUACAGUGUGCGAGCGGAGCGAGUGUGACCAAUCACAGCGGAGUGGGCUCGGCGGGAAGCAUGCCUGGAGGAGGGCUUGGGGUGGAGUAAAUUACACAGACCGUUUGGGCGGGAGGCAGGAAACCCAAGGAAACAGUGCAGGAAGAGGUGCAAAGUCUGGAAGAUCUUGAAAGCUUUCUGCGGGUUAUUGUGCCAGAGGUCAAUAAAAAGGCCAGAAAAUGAGUAUAAUAGGUCUUCUUUAAACAAAUGUUACGUAUUCUUGGCCUAAAUUAAGCAUUGUUAAGCAGAAAAAUUAGGCCUGUCAUGAUAAUCAAUAAAUCAAUUACCGUAAAGGGGGGGGGGGCAUUUUUGUUCAUAAAUGCUUGCCAACUCUUUCAUCUCAAAUCAACAUGUGUAAAGGUACUAAGCAAUUUCAAAAAGAAGAAGAAAGGAGAAAUCUGCCGUCCAUCAAUUCAUCUGCAAUGGAAUUACAUAAUGCUGCAUUGCUUCAGUGUGAAUUUGAAUAAACUCCAACGUUUAUUCAAGCAUACACAAGCAUUUUCAGCAACUGUACAGCAGAGAGCGCUAAAGUCAAAGCAACUGUCUGACCCACAGACGGCUUCCCAAAUGCGCUUCUGGUCAAUUUCUCCCUGUAUUUAUAGCCAAAUUCUGGCGUCCACAAGCGUCCACGAACUUGCGUCUAGCGGUGCCAAACUUUGACUGGGCGUUGUUAGAGUGGUGAUGAACUUUGCCGUGGCGGAAAAUUGGCUGCUUGUAAUAUUUUGUGCAGCUCAAAACUUUCGGAGCGGUAGGAGGGACCAUCAGCGGUGGCCGAGCGUAUACGGCUUUGCCUUAACGGGGUCCAACUUCUGUUAAACGGUGGUGAAUGAGCGGUGAUUAAAUUUUUCACCGCUCCAGGAACGCUACAGCAAAGUUCAGGCGGUGUGAGCGGGCUUGUAGUACGAGUGAUCUUCCGCUAAAGCGUUCGAGAAGCGUUGUCUGAUAUUAUUUUUUAGUCCGAGUCUGGUCACAGACCUGUCAUUGUGUAUAAACCGCAUCCCGAUUUUUUUGCUUCUUAAAGGUGGAAAAAAAGUGCGGUUUAUACACGGUGCUUUACGGUAAUUGAAUGAUAAAUAAAAGCGAAGUUGAUCAUUUUGCCGGCCUCGAUAAAUUGACACGUGCAUACGUGUCUCUCUCCCCCCUCUACCUGGUUGGAUGACAUAAGGGUUGGGCAAAGUAAAUAUAAACAAAACAGCACAAAAUGGUGCACACUCACAGACAGUAUCGUUCGCUACAUGUUAAGCCUUCCUGUUAAGGAAUAAUACCCAAUGUUUAUUAUUCAUUCAAGUGCAAUUUUCUUUACAGAGGCUUGAUACUCCAUUUUAUUUCUUGUUUUUAUUGUUGGGUGUGCUUUUUUUUUAAUAGAGACAGACAGAUAGGAUCUAUUUUUUUGUAUUGUUUUUGGUUAUGAUUGUGAUUUAUAUUUAAGUGCAGUUUUUGCUAAAAGAGGCCGAGAAUCCAUUUUAUCAUUUUAUUUUUUGUUGAAUUGAUUUUAUUUUAAAAGUUCUUGACUUUCCAAUUACAAUCUUAAACACUCUUGAGAAAUUUGCUAGGAUGUACUCGCAUUAUUAUGUUAUCAAAUGAAAAAUGGUCUGAAAAAUGUUGUCAAUAAUAUCGAUUAUGGACAAUAAUUUGUAGGACAAUUAUGGACCAGCAAAAUUUAUUAUCGUGACAAGCCAAAUAAAAUGUUCUAAAUGAGCAAAAAAUACAAAUACAGUUUCAGGCAAUACAACACCAUGUUUAACUGAAGUCUACACAUUAUUAUAGCCUUGUAGACACGGAAUAACACCCCUGUGGUCGUCUAUAUACUUGUAUUACCUAAUAUUGUAGACAAGCAAUAGUAAGACAUAAUAACUCACACGUUACGACACUGGGACACUCCUAUUUAUUUAUUCUCAACUUAAGAAUAAGUUAGAAGGACAAAGUAAGAAGCAAAAAACUUACCAUUGUCACACGGAACGGGAGGAGAACCUCUUUUUACUGUCAUGUCGUACUCUUCAUCCAUGAGUGACUUAAUGCCGGUACUGUAAUGUCUCAUUCUCACUUUACUGACGCCUAGUAGUGACCAGUAUACUAUAUAUGACUUGUCUUUCAGUUUUCUUUUAGGUCAUAAUCAGUCAUGAAACAUCAUGAAACAGCGAUUAAUUAAUUUCUGAAAAGUUAGUUAGAGAUAUUCAAACCGUGAUGUAGAGAGGGACGACUGUAAAUGUUAUAAUUGAGAUUUCAGUAAACAGUGCCCUGCUGCCAUGAAAUAUACAAAAUAGUGAUUAAUUCAGCUUUAUCAGUCUCUAAAGGGUUAUAAAGCCAUUUCUAAAACUUUGGGACUCCAGCGAACCACAGUGAGAGUCAUUAUCCACCAAUGAAGAAAACAUGGAACAGUGGUGAACCUUCCCAGGAGUGGCUGGCCAACAAAAAUUACCCCAAGAGCACAGCGACAACUCAUCCAAAAGGUCACAAAAGACCCCAUAUCAACAGAAAUGCAAGCCUCGCUUGCCUCAGUUAAGGUCAGUGUUCAUGACUCCACCAUAAGAAAGACACUGGGCAAAAACAGUCUGCAUGGAAGAGUUUCAAGAUGAAAAACACUGAUGAACAAAAAGAACAUUAAGGUUCGUCUAAAUUUUGCCGGAAAACAUCUUGAUGAUCCCCAAGACCUCUGGGAAAAUACUCUGUGGACUGAUGAGACAAAAGUGGAACUUUUUGUAAGGUGUGUAUCCCAUUACAUCUGGCUUAAAGUAGCUGAAAUGAGCUUGGGUUCUGCAGCAGGACAAUGAUCCAAAACACACCAAUAAGUCCACCUCUGAAUGGCUGAAGACAACAAAAUGAGGACUUUGAAGUGGCCUAGUCAAAGUCCUGACCUGAAUCCUUUUUCGACUAAUAAUCGGCCAUGGUUAACCACAAAACAACGAUCAUUUAUUAAUUAAUACAUUUUUGAAAAAACGCGACAGAGUGAGGGAGCGACGCUCGAACCGCGUUGUAGCGAGGGACGACUGUAAUACAUUAAAAGCAACAAAUUGCAAAGAAAAAGCAAGCAGAACACACAAGCAGAUCUUAUCUUUGGAAGCUCUCUGAAGUGAGGUCUAUGAGGUAUGCCGAAAUCUUGCGUGAUAUCAUUUGUUUUGAAUAAGUUUUGCAAAAAAAACACUGAAAGGUCAAAGAAAAAACAAAACAAAGAAUUUAUCCUUUGCUUGCAGUUCAAACUGUGAAGCUUUCUGCAACUUUUGAGGCAUUUUUUUAAUGAAAAUGGUGUUUGAAAAUUCUACUGUACUUCAUAUUUAUUUAACAUUAAUAUUUGAUAUAAUACGCCUAAAUGACAUAAUUUAAUAAUCAACAGGACCAAACGAUUUAAAACACAACCAUGAAGGAUUCAUAUUUGCUUGUUUUUGUGUACUUUACUAAGUGAUCUAAUUUUAAGGCUCUCUCUGUGUAGUUCACUAAUUCCAGAAGGAAACAGUUUCCUGUAAUGUCUGACUUCCAGGAAGUGUUGCCUAUUGUUUGGAGCAAGAUUAGGGAUGUGGGACGAGGGUAGCUGCAGGCUUUUCUAGGCAGCUUUUACAAGUUGUGAUGUUAGUUGUGAGGCUGUCUGGUGGGCAACGUAUUUGUUAAAAACCCAGAAAAACCCAAAUGCAAAUGUUUAAAUGCAUUAAAAGCUCACAUUGUCUUAACAUAAAGCUCCAGCAUGCAGGUCAUGACAUCAGUGAUUUCCUCGUGGUCCAUAAUUAAAGCUGUGCGUGAUGUCUCCAGGGGCAUGUGUGUUGUUAAAUGGGUCAGAGCAUCAAAGCAGCUGAAUUUUAACUGGGUCAGAGUGGUUGAUUGGACUGAAGAAGGUCUAUGCAGAGCAGAAUCGUAUGUGUCCAUCACGUCCCACUUCCUAUGAUCACGUGAUGAGAAUUUUAGUGACACUGUGAUGUGUCCCAAAAAGUCAGUACACCCUUCACGAGUCAGCAACCAUUGUUAUUACAGUAUCUUCCCAGGGGACGGUACUAUAUAAAUGAUACAUAGGUGUCCACAUUUUAUUUGGUAGAUAGAUAGAUACAGUCAAACUUGUCCAUAACAGCCACUAGAGGGAGUCUGCAAAAGUGGCUGCUAUAGACAGGUGGCCUCUAUAGACAGGUUGGCGUCCAGUUUGAAUGUUGACCAGUAGAGGAAAAAAAAGAAAAAAAGGGGGGGGGGGGAAUAAUAAUAAUGUUGACCAGUAGAGGGCACUGUGGGACUGCGGAUAAAAGUUGUACAGCACUACUAGGCUUGUUAUUAUCCACGACCCACAAAACAAAGCAGUGCUAGUAAUGUCUUACGCUUGUUUUUAAUAUUUUACUUUUUAUACGGCAGAGUGUCAUUACAGCUUUUGUUCAUCAGGAAGUGACGGGAAGUGACGGUGGGCGUCCCGAGCAGGAGAGCUAGGCUCAGUGCUAGCUGUGAGUUUGGAGAGAGUUGGGAAGUGUGUUUAUGUUGGCGUGGAUGUAAAGUCCUGCAGUGUUCUCCGCUGUUAAUAAAGCCAUUAAAGUGCAUCGGUGACAUGAGUCUCACCUUCCCCACAACAAGCGGCAUUACAGUAUUGACCAGUGCACACCAGGAAAUAAAUGGUGUCACUUGUUACAGGCAUUGCCUGGACAGCUAUGUAGUGGGGCUUGUUUAACCUUUGCCUUGUGGGCAGGCAGGAAGGAGAGACGAUGCUGAGAGAUGUGUGUGUGUUCUGAGCUGCUGUCUGGUGGCCACAUUCAAUAAAUAAAUUUGGCAGAAGCAACAGGAGAAGUUUCCUUCUUUGCUUCGGAGCUGAAUAACACUGACAAGUUAACAGACUAGUAGCGAACGGAAAAGAAGACUGCUUUUUUUUUGUGUCAAAUACAGAAGAUGAGGACUUUGAUGGAUUUGUGGAUGAGGAUUGAUGAAAAAUAACGUGAGUACAUUCUAAAAUACUUCAAUUAAGUACAACCGAACUCAGUUUUGCUCCCGCUGCCGCAUACAUGCUAGCGGAUGUUUUUUUUUUUAUUGUAGCGUCGCUGGGAGCACGUCCUGUUCCCAGUCUACUUUGCAGUAAUGUUUUGGUGCAAAUGCUCUUAAAGUUACAUGUUUGACCAGGAAAUAGCAAGCUCAAAAGAAGACGACUUUUUUAUGUGGAACAACUGACAGUUUGUGUGGAUCUUGUGAAUGAUUGUGACUGAGCUAGGACUCAGUAAUUAAAGUCUACACACGACGGCUUCAUUGAUUGAAAAACGAAACUUUUUCGUGCAUGCAGCUUCUACUUGAGUUGGUAAUUUGGCCGCUAUAUGCAGUCAGAUAUUGACCAAGGGAGACAAAAUGGGUGGCCGAUGGCCGCAUUGGACAGGUGACUGCUAUACACAGGGUCUAUAACAUGUAAAUUUGCUGCGGGGGAUUUUUCAGUGGCUGCUAUAGGCAGGUGGCCGUUCUAUAAAGGUGGCCGCUAAGACAGGUUUGACUGUACUUUAAUAAUCUCGAAGAGAAAUUCACAUUUCAACCGUAUUGCUAAAGUGUGAGGGUAUGCUCACUUUUAUGGGAUACUCCAUAUUGAGACAUUUUUGCUUGAGGGCUUUCUCACUUGCACACAGGCCAUACAUACAGUACAUGUACACACAUAUACAGUAUACUGUACAUGCACACACACACACACACACACACACACACACACACACACACACACACACACACACACACACACACACACACACACACACACACAGUGCAUCCAUUAAAAGAUGACUGGAGUGCAGAUUGUCUCACCUGCCUGGGGCACAGAUGGGCUCACUCAAAAGGUUCCAUUUGGGGUCCGUAUGGAGCUAUUGUGUCUGCAUAGAAAAUAACCACACAUUUCUUUUAAAGGGGGUUUAUCACACUGUACAGUACACCUCCUAUGUGUGCAGAAAGUGAUGGUCUAUUGAUUGUGUUACUUAUAGCCAUUAGACAUCCAAUGCUCCCCCACACCUCAGCUUUAGACUUCAUUAUGGGCUUCAGUGUCUUUCGUGUGUGUGUCAGAUUACAGUCUUUUUCAUUUUCGUAAAUGUGACCAAGUGAGCUUUCCAUAAAUUAUACGCCCCUGAUCAAAAUGUUAAAACCAGUUGAAAAAUUGCUAGAAUUUUCAUUUUGCACAUUUGGAUCUUAAUGAGGUUUUAAGUAGAGCUACAAUAUGCAAAAACAAGAAGGGAGAUUGAGACAAAAAGCAUUUUGAAAAAGUAAUUUAAUGAAAACAAAAAUCAGCUGAUCAAAAGUUUAAGACCAUCACUCAAAAAAUAAUAAAAAACUCUCCAAACCAGAACAAAAAAUGUUCUCAGUAGGACUCAGUAAUGAGUAGCUCCACCGUUCUUGUUAAUCACUUCAAAAAUUGGUUUAGGCAUCUUGAUGUGAGUGUUUCCAGGAGGCUAGUGGGAACAUUGCUCUAAGUGGUGAAGAUUGCUUCACGAAAGGCAUCAACUGUCUGGAACUGAUGGCCAUUUUUACAAACUUCCCUUGCCAUUCAUCCCCAAAUGUUCUCUAUGGGAUUUAAAUGAGGGGAACAUGCAGGAUGGUCCAAAAGAGUGAUGUUAUUCUACCUGAAGAAGUCCUUGGUCAAGCGAGCAUUGUGAACUGCAGCGUUGUCCUGUUGAAAAACCCAGCUGUUACCACACAGACGAGGGCCCUCAGUCAUGAGGGAUGCCUGCUGCAACAUCUGCACGUAAGCAGCUGCCGUUUGACGAUCCUGCACCACCUGAAGCUCCAGUGUCCCACGCAAUGAAAAAGCACUCCCCCUUCUUGCUUUUGCAUAUUGUAGCUCUACUUAAAACCUCAUUAAGAUCCAAAUGUGCAAAAUGCAAAUUCUAGCAAUUUUUCAACUGGUCUUAAGAUUUUGAUCAGGAGUGUACAUGGUUGGUACUCUUACUGACUAUAUGUACUGUAGUCUGUAAAUAGACAGGUAAAGAGAUGCUGUAGCAAGAAAGCAAGAAAACACAUAGCUGCAGCCAAGUCGAUAAUGUGGAGUGUAAUACUGCAGCAUUUACAGCUAAAGCACAGCCACAGGACAAAUCAGGAGUGUCCAUUUGCGGCCACGGCUGUUUUUUCAUCGCCCCUCGGCACAUUCUAAAAAUGCAAUUAACAAGAAAACUAAAAACACAGUAACAGCAAUAGCAAAAAUGCAAAAGUCAGCAGUUAUUUUACAAGAAUAAAGUAAAAACAUUAAAGAAAAAAGUAUUAAUCUAAUGAGAAAAAGUAAUAAUUGAACGAGAAUAACACAACAUUAUUACAUAAUUUUACAUAUUAUGACAUAAUUUUAGGAGCAUAUAAUAAUAUAAAAAUUAGUAAUUUUAAUAACUGUAAUUUUUUUGACAAUAAGAUUGGGGGAAAAGUUAUAAUAUUAUGGAAAUAAGGUGAAAAUAUCAUGGGAAUAAAAUUUACGAAGAUUGUUUAAGAAGAAAUUUGAAAAGCAUCAAUAGCGAGUCGAGCAGGUGCCAUGCAGUAGAAAACGGUAAUAUUGAGGUGUAAAAUUUGUAUAGGUGGGAAAAAAAUUACAACUGUUGGGCCUUGAUGGAGGUGUGGCACUCUACUGAGUGCCCUUUUAGUUCACUGACAGGUUACGAAAUGUCAAAAAAUAUGAAUAAAAUUACCCAAAAUGUUUUGUUCUGUUGUUUAAACAAAAGUGUGCACAUAACUAUUAGAUUGACAGCCUGGAUAUGACUACAUACACAAACACUAACAAUGUUCUGUUCAACAUGUUCUGAUAUUUCUUUUUUUUUGGCAUGUGAUGACUUGUUUAUUUCCAGUGGAUGAAAGCUUUCUAUUACAGUGAUGGAUGAAUGUUUGGGGCUUUACUUCAAUAUUAACUUUUGUAUAUUAAAAAUGUUAACUGUCACAUUGUGUGUGCUAGAGGCACAUAAUACACAAAAGCACACAUUGAAAGGCAAUAAUAGUAAUUCUACACUGCCAUCAUCAUCCUAUUCCCUUUUCUCUUUAUGUUCCUCCUUUGUUUGGAGUCUCCCUUCCUCCCUCCUCUCUUCUCUUCACCCACCCCCUUUUACAUUUUUCUUCCCGAUCUUCCCACCCCCUGUGUUGUGACAUCAUCACUGUGCUGCCGGCUCAUGUCGGGAACAGGAAGUGGAGACGUGGAAAAAGAGGCGGUGGCACACCUCCUCCUGUUGUUGCUAAUGCAGCCCCUGUUACUAUAGCUCCCCUAGAGGUGUUGUGUGUGUUGUUAUGGUUACCCUGCAGCUCGAUAUGCCAAUGCAGCUGGUAGGGGGAAGAGCUGUGGACUUUGAAAUGAUGGUUUAUGCCACUUUGCAUGGAACUUUGCAUUAAUAUCAGAUUAAAGUGACCGUGAAUGCACUUUCUAUCCCCAAAUUGUGUUUAUAUACCUGUUAAAGUGAGUUUUGAUGUUUUGAAUAGUUAUCUUUUUGCUAGAAUUGACACAAACCAGUGGCAAAAGACUGUAAGAAGGUGGUGUUAGAGGUGUUUAAAAAAAUGUGCUACUUUUCAUUGCUUUUUUUAUUUUAAAAUUUCGAAGAAACUGUUUUGCACCCUUUUCAAUGAUCUGGUAGCUUCUAACAUAAUCUACAGCAUUGAUUCUCAACUGGUGGGCCAAAAGGGAAUGUUGAUGUUAUAUUCAUGUUAUGUUGGAAAACUUCCAAGAGGUCCAGUAACAUUCUAUACAGCUCUACAUUUAUGACUGUGACUAAUGUUGGACAUGGGGAUUUUUGUCAGUAUGUAAGCGAUGAUUGAAAUAGCCAAAAAAUAAUCAUAUCUCUUUCUGAAACUUUGUACAGUCUUUUGCCACUGUUUGUGUUCUUUCCAACUAAGAUAUGCAUUCAACAAAUAAAAAUAAACUUGAACUCAAAAUGUAUGCAGUGUAAUAAUUUAUGAGUUGAACUGUCUAUUUUUAGGUGGUUUUCUAUUGGUACGAUUGGCUUAAUGUAAAAUAAAUGGGUUAUGCAAUAGUGAAGGGAGACUACUUGCUUGUUUGAAUGAGGCUUCAGAGUAGUUAUUUGUAACUAUAAGCCUUGCCUCAUCCAAAAUUCCAUGUAUCUGUUCCCUCAUUUAUAUUGUGCAUAAGCGAUUAUGUUCUCAUUGUUAUUUGUUUGUUCAUUAGAUACUGUAGUUACCGGGAUGAUAGAAAAACUAACCAACUGAUUUCCAAGAAAACUUUGUGGAAUGAUGCGACAUAAACCAGCAAAUUUUGGCUGACUCUAUUUGUUUACAUUCCCCCAGUGAGUAAUACAUUAAUCCUGGUGGCAGAUUUCAGGCAUAUUAACAUGUUUGGUGUACAUGUAUAUGUAAUACAGGAAAUCUGCACAAUUUGUAAGGUGAGAGGUCAUGAUGUUGCAUGAGAUAGGAAGUGGAAAUAGACAAAAAUAGUGUCCCUGCUUUGCAGAUAUAAAAACGUCCACUCUUGCUCCGGGAAAACAUUCUGUAAGAUGUUAGAGUGUGUCUUACGGAAUUUGUGUCCAUUCAUCCAGAAUAGUGAGGUCAGAGGUCGCUGAUGUUGAACUAGCUGCCUCACCAUCGCUCUUCUAAUUCAUCCACAUCAAAUUCAUCCAAGCAUGCUUUAAGGACCUUGUUGGAACAGAAAAGGCCAUUUUCUCCAAUUGCUUCUCAAUAAAUUCCUAUGGAGUGUUGCUUUGAAUGUGUCCUACUGUGUAGCUACUAGUCUGCAUUUGGCAUUAUUAUCCUAAUUGUUAAAUUAUGUAACAGGGAUGAAAGGACAUGAAACAAAAAGCACUCUUCUCUCCUCUCUGUUCGUGUUCCUCUCUUGUCACGGAUGACUAGAUGAUAUGAAAGAUGCUGAGUGGUGUCGGUGGUUGGCUCUGAUUGGAUCAGGAGGAGGACCUGAUGAACCUCCCUUUACUGAGAACAUUUUGUACAUGGAUCUCACUGUUGAUAUUCUACCGGACGCUGCAAAAAAUGCUCCGGGACAUUUGUUAGUGUUUGUGUGUCAAAGCAUGUUACUUGAAAAUGUGCUGAAAUAGGUCUAAGAUAAUGUUCCUGUCCACAUUAUUCACCAAUAGUCGUGUUUAAUGUUUUCUUGUGGGUAAUAGCUUAUUCUUUUUACAUUUUGUACCUGCCACCACGUAAUUUGUCACACAGUAAUGCCUCAUUUAUCACGGUUAUUGCUUCUACAGCCAGCCGUGAUAAGUGAAUUUCCAGGAAGUAGGAUUCCGUGUUUAUAAAUGGAAUAUUUUUGUAGUUAGAGCAUACAAAACAUGUUUAUGACCUUCUAAAUACAGUUUUUAACAUUAUUAGAGCUCUCUAGGCACCAAAUAACACCUUAAUAACCCCUUUACAUUCAUAUUAGUCAAUAUACUUGUAGUAGAUAUAAUCAGAGAAAAUAAGCCAUUUAAAACAUAAAUAACACUCAUGCUUGUGUGUGUUGCAGUAAAUGUGCUUCAGAUGUGUGGAGCACAAGUGACUUCUGUGGUCCAGGGUUGAGUGUUAGCAUGACAUAGGUUACAGACACAAGAGUGGCCCGUGUUUUAUUAUGAUUAUUAUUAUUACAAUUAUUACAUUAUUAUUAUUG